UGCCACUCGGAAGCUGGGAAUAUACUUAUUCAAAACUCACAAAGUAUUUUCUUGCAGAGGAAUAUGGCUUCAAGUUUCCACUAUUUCCCAUUAGUUCUGGCCUUUCUGGAUAUAUAUGCAGCUCAGCCUUUCUGCCUGCCAGGAUGUACCUGCUCAGAGGAGACUUUUGGCAGGACUCUGCAGUGUGUUUCUAUAUCUUUAGGAAAGAUCCCAGGGAACCUUCCUGAAGAGUUCAAGCAAGUGAGAAUUGAAAACUCGCCCUUAUUUGAGCUUCCCCGAGGUUCUUUUAUCAACAUGAGCACCUUGGAAUACCUUUGGCUCAACUUUAACAAUGUCACUGUGAUCCACCUAGGAGCCCUGGAGUACCUCCCAGCCCUGAGAGAGCUGAGACUGGAGGGGAACAAACUCCGUUCAGUACCAUGGACAGCGUUCCGGGCCACGCCUCAGCUGAGGGUCUUGGAUCUCAAACACAACAUGAUUGAUGUACUCCCUGAGCUGGCUCUUCAGUUCUUGGUCAACCUGACCUACCUUGACCUAUCCUCCAAUAGACUUACAGUUGUAUCCAGGAAUGUCUUCUUGAACUGGCCAGCCUACCAGAAACGCCGGCAGCCUGGAUGUGAGGCUGAGAUGCUCCCCAGCCUGGUGGUGGCGCUGCACAACAAUCCCUGGGUAUGUGACUGUCGCCUAAGGGGACUCGUCCAGUUCGUCAAGUCCAUUACCCUCCCAGUCAUCCUGGUGAAUUCCUACCUGAUAUGCCAAGGCCCUCUCUCCAAGGCAGGGCAGCUUUUUCAUGAAAUUGAGCUCAGUGCUUGCAUGAAACCACAGAUCUCAACCCCCAGUGCCAAUGUCACCAUCUGGGUGGGACAGAAUGUGACCCUGCAAUGCUUGGCACAGGCCAGCCCUUCACCAACUGUUGCAUGGACUUAUCCUCUGAGCAUGUGGAGAGAAUUUGAUGUACUGACCUCUUCUACGGCAGAAGACGCUGCUCUGUCAGAGCUGACCAUACCUGCCGCCCACCAGGUCGACAGUGGCAAUUACACCUGCAUGGCCUCCAACUCCAUUGGCAGGAGCACCCUUGUCAUCUCUCUCCACGUCCAGCCUGCUCCUGCACUGCCUGCACCCCAUUCUCUCUCCUCCCCCUUGGAGGGCAAUGCCUACGUUGACCUGCGAGUGGUCAAGCAGACAGUACACGGGAUCCUACUGGAGUGGCUUGCGGUGGCCGACAGCCCUCAGGAGGAGUGGUUCACUCUCUACGUCGUGUCAGAUGAAGCCCUCAGGAAAGAGGUGGUCCACAUCGGGCCCGGAAUCAACACCUACGCUGUGGACGACCUCCUUCCGGCCACAAAGUACGAGGCCUGCCUCAGCCUAGGGAGCCACCCCCCACGCCAGGGCCGGUGUGUGGUCUUUGUGACAGGCAGAGACGGAGGGGAGCUGGAGGCCCGCGAGCGCCUGCUGCACCUCACAGUGGUGCUGUGCGCGGUGCUGCUGGCGGUGCCCGUGGGUGCCUACGCCUGGGCGGCCCAGAGCCCCUGCAGCUGCAGCGAGUGGGGCCUGCGCUGCUGUGCCCACCGCAGGAAAGUCCCUCGGUGCCCCGGUGCAGCCCCUCAGUGCAAGGCCCACCCAGCUGUCUAUGAGGACAGUGAAGGGGACCCUGAGGGGGAUGAGGAGAAAGGAGAGGAAGACAGCAGCUGA